AUGCCUGUCCUUAAAAUUCCAAACUGUAGGGUAGAAGAUUCCAUAUUCUCAGGCACAAGUUAUAAUGAAGCAUCAAAUUACUUUUUAGACCUGCGGGUGGUAAACACCAGUGGUGUUGCCCCAGUGGUGGUCACAGUGCCUGGCGGGAGCACUCAGAAGAUUGUGCAAGGUCUCAGGCCUGGGACCACUUACAGUGUUACACUUAAAGUAUUUAAGUUUUACUAUGUGCUGUGUCAGGACACAAAAACAGCUAUCACAGUGCCAGGCACAUCUCAGAUAACCUUUUCAAAGGCGAUAUCCAGCACAGCUAUCCAGGUGGAGUGGGCCCAAGUGACCACUGCAAAGUAUUACUUCUUGCUGGUGAACUCCUCGGAAACUGGGCAAAGAUAUAACUUCACCUUUACUGGGCUGUCUGCGUUGGUGAGGAACCUACAGCCAUCCACCGCCUACAGCUUCUACGUUGACACAGUGAACGCGGCUGGGACUGGUGGAAGGAGCCGAGUGCGGACAAUCUCAACAUUGGUGCAGCCACCAGGGGGCAUCAGAGCUGUGCAGACGGGCAGCCGCACAGCCCGCAUCAGCUGGGAGUCGGUGGAGAGGGUCCUGCUGUAUGAGGUGGUCAUCGCAGAUGUCAGCGACCCCAGAAAUGUUCCCGUCCAAAUGAGCGUGUCCUCCACGACGCUGGACGUGCAAAACAUUCUACCCUGCUCGUCCUACCAGAUCUCGGUCUCUUCCAUCAACACCUUCCUGGAGCCUGGAGAGGCCAACAAAUACACUUACACAACAAACAAGCUGAAUCCAGUCACAUCAGUCUCUGUGGACUACAGCUGUGCCAACAGCUCAGCGCUGGUGUCGUGGGGGGCUGUUUUUGAGGCUGACAACUAUCGAGCAAAGGCCAGGGGCAGCAAUGGCAGCCUGGUGCUCUGUACCUCCCAAGGUACCAGCUGUAGGCUGGAGGGGGUGCCCUGUGGGCAGAACUAUGAGGUGCAAGUCACCGCCAUCUCUGGGAACUGCGAGAGUGUGGCCAGUAACAACGCCAGUGCAUAUUUCCACACGGUUCCAUGCCCCCCUUCUAACGUGACGCUGUUCCGGGAGUGCUCCAGCAACGUCAUUAUCUUCUCGUGGAAGCCAACCAAUAACACAGGGAUCUACCGAGCGCGUGGAGAGAGCAAAGGGCUAGAGGAUCUGCACUGCCUGACCACUGAGACGUCCUGCUUUUUCACCAACACCGUCUGUGGCCACCUCUACACCUUUACCGUCUAUGCAGCAGUCAGUGCCAGUGGCAACUGCAGAAGCGCAGAAAGUUAUUCGGUCAGCGUGCGCACAGCUCCGUGUCAGCCACAGAACCUGCGUACCGCUGCUGCGUGUAAUUCCAAUGUCCUGACCAGCACAUGGGACAUGGCGGACGGGGCAGUUUCAUAUGUCGUGGAGGCCUUUGGGAAUAAAAAUAGCAUCUCCGACUACAACUGCAGUUCCUCUACAACCAGCUGUGCCAUGCCAGGAGUGACCUGUGGAGAGAGUCUCACCACCUACAUCACUGCGUUUGACAAUGAGUGCCCAAGCGAGCGAAACCUAGGCGAGGUGGCUGAAACCGUACCCUGUGUACCCAAGAAUGUUUCCGCGGUAUUUGAGUGUGGGUCAGACUCCAUCACGCUUAGGUGGGACUUUGCCCCAGGGGCGAUCUUUUAUAUGGGCACGGCCAUGGAUGGCAGUGGUGUUGAGCACACAUGCAAACCUACUUUGAAAACACACUGUGUGAUCCAGGGCCUGCGCUGUAGCACCGCCUACAAUGCCUCCCUCAUUGCCUCCAACGGGGAGUGCAACACAUCCCGCAGUGAGGUCGUGUCUGUGGAGACAGCCCCCUGUCCCCCAGAGAACAUUUACGCCCAGCUGGACUGUGCAUCUAAUCACGCUCUGGUGAAGUGGGCAUCCCGGGCAGAUGUGUUUUCAUACACAGCCUCUCUGGUUGACCAAUCAGGAGCCUUGCUUAGCUGCAGCACUACCAACAACCAGUGCAGAGUGACGGACCUCAGGUGCGGACAGGUGUAUGAUGUCAGUGUCACGCACCAUGAUGGAGUUUGUCCCAGCAUGCCAUCCAAGGCAUUCCAGAUGAAUUCAGUGCCCUGUGGCCCAGAAAAUGUGCACACCCAGAUGAAUUGUGGGACAGGUGUUUUGACGGUCAGCUGGGACGCCACCGAGGGGGCAGAGGCCUACAUCGUUGUUGUCGCCUACGACGAUGGUGAGCGACUGCAGAUCAACACCACGAAACCCCAGACUACUGUAGAGUCGCUGAGCUGUGGGGGGUCGUACACGGUGGAAGUGAUGUCAUACAAUGGCAGUUGCCUCAGCAUGCCAAGCCAGUCAGUACUGGUCAGAGAAGUGCCCUGUGUUCCCACCAACGUGACUGCUCAGCGGACCUGUGGGGAAAGCGCAGUCACAGUAAUGUGGCGAGCUAGCAAGGGAGCGCUGUAUUACACUGCCGUCGCCAUGGGUGACAGUGGCCACAGGUCAGAGUGUAGGUCCAACGGCACGCAGUGUGACAUCAGUGAUCUAGAAUGUGGGCAGGUGUAUAAUGUUACCGUGAUGGCAGAAGACAACUCUUGCCCCAGCCUACCAAGCGAUGAGGUCAUACUGCGGGCAGUGCCCUGUGCUCCCACUGGUGUGAGGGCCCAGGUGAGUUGCGAUGACAAUGAUGCUACGCUAUCCUGGGAUGCCAGUCCGAAUGCAGUGGGUUACACAGGCACAGCCGUGGGCAUGGAUGGGCACAGGGUGCCCUGUGAUGCAGUGACUGCGGGCUGCCAGCUGGGGGCACUGCUCUGUGGACAGAUGUAUACCUUCACAGUGUUUGCCACGGAUGGCAGUUGUGAGAGCCCCAACAGUACAGAGUAUCGAUUCGAGACAGCACCCUGUGCGCCAGAGAGCAUGGAGACCUCUUUGUCCUGUGACACCAACGCCCUGGAAGUGAGCUGGGCUCUGGGUGGUGCCGGUCUACUCUACAACGCCACUGUGAGUGCUGGAGGUGUCACUGGGCUCUCCUGCAGUUCUUCGAGUUCCAGCUGCGUCGUGGAUGGCCUUGACUGCGGCCGAAACUACACCGUGACUGUCACAGCAGCCAACAGCUACUGCACUGGGCCUGUCAGUGCACCACAAAUGGUUCAGACAGCCCCCUGCGUGCCGGAGGAUGUGUCUGUGGACCUGGAGUGCUCCACCAACGCCCUGCAUGCGUCCUGGAGCCCGCCUGCCGGGGUGCUCUCCUACAGCGGCCUUCUGUACGGCGACAAGGGCCUCUGUGAGACCUGUUCGACCUCCACGCCCAGCUGCUCCUUCAGCAACCUCACCUGUGCACACACCUACAUGCUCAGGGUGGUCACACACAACAACCAGUGCAACAGCUCUGUGAGUCAGGAGGUCACCGUGACAACAGCUCCAUGUGACCCUGAGAACGUGACAGUGGAGCUGCAGUGCACUCUGGGAGCGGUGAGCGUGAAGUGGGAGGCCAGUGCUGGCGCCAGUGAUUACACCGUCCUGGCACACUCCCAGGACACGCCGUACAUGGCAUCCUGCCGUACCAACGCCACCUCCUGUGAGCUGAGCGAGCUGACGUGUGGCAAGAUCUUCAACAUCACCGUCCUCGCCGGACACAAGACAUGCAACAGCUCCACACGUGCCUCCGCUUCUGUUCUGACCGCCCCUUGCCCACCAGUGAUGGCUGCCCCUGAGCUGAACUGCUCCACUGAUCAGGUGCGCGUCUCCUGGGAGCAGGAUGAUGACGCGGUGAGGGGCGUGAUGGUCACUGCGUUCUCGGAGGUCUUGGGCGGCCACGAGCACUCGUGUCAGGCCUCCAGUGGCAAGCAGUCGUGUGACCUGACUGACCUGCACUGUGGUCUGAGGUACACUGUGAGGGGGACGGCCAUGGGGGUCGACUGUGACAGCACUCCCAGCAGGCCAUUUAACCUCACCAUGGCUCCCUGUACCCCUGCUAUGGUGGAGGUUGACUACACAUGUGGCACUAGUAUGGCAGUGCUGAGCUGGGAUGAGAGUUUGGGCCGCGAGAGCUUCACUGCACACGUGCAGAGUGGUGACCACACCGAUGCAUGCUACACCACAGAGACACACUGCUCCCUGACCACGCUCAGGUGCGGGAGUCUCUACAAUGUUACCGUGGCAGCAGUGGCUCGACCGUGCAAUAGCAGUGAGGUCACCACACAGCUACAGACAGCUCCAUGUGCACCCCAGAAUGUGAGUGCCAGCUUGGUGUGUGCCUACACCAGUGCCCAGGUGAGCUGGGUGGGCACGCCUGGCGCUGUCGGCUACAACGUGACAGCACAGGGCAGAGACGGCGAUGCCAGGCACUGCCACAGCUCCGACACCAGCUGCCACCUGCGCAACAUGCACUGCGCCCAGACCUACGACAUCACCGUCACGCCUUUCUCCGAGACCUGUGCAGGGUUCCACAGUACCACACUGACCUUUGUGACAGGUCCUUGUCCUCCCACUGAUGUGUCUGUCUCUUUGGAGUGCGAGGGGAAUGUUGGCACGGUGACCUGGGUUGCUGUGGAAACUGCCGAUUCAUAUAUCGCCAUGGCGACUGGGCAGGACGGACACAACCACACCUGUGACAGUAACGGCACUAGCUGCUCCUUCACUGACCUGCACUGUGGAGAAUCAUAUGCUGUCACCGUGGUUACAUUGGAGCGCGGCUGUCAGAGUGAGCCUAGCCAGCCUGUGACACUUAGAACAGCCCUCUGUCCUCCCUCUAACCUUAACGGACAAGCGUCCUGCUCGACCAACGACCUGACCAUCACUUGGGAUCCCAUUCUGGUGUCCGGUGUCAGCUACAUUCUGGAGCACUGGCCCAACGUGUCCAUCUCCCUGACGGACACCUCGCAUGUGAUGACUGGGUUGACGUGCGGGACUGCUCUCACCUUCCAGGUGUUUGCCAGGGACUCACUUUGCACCAGUGUGCCGAGUUCCUCUCUGAACAUCAGCACAGCCCCAUGUGCCCCCACCAAUGUGAGCGCACGGGCUACCUGCGGCACCAGCAGGGGUAUCAUCUCCUGGAACAGGGGCGCCGGUGCCCUCUCCUACACGGCAGAGGCGGUGGGCACCCAUGGGCACCGCGUCUCCUGCACCACCAACGGCACCUCUUGCGCGCUGCCUCUUGACUGCGGACACCAAUACACGGCCACAGUGGUCUCCUCCACGGGAGCCUGCAACAGCAGCGCCGGAGCCAGCGUCCAGUUUGACUCAGCUCCGUGUUUGCCCAGUGGCGUGCAGGCUGACCUGGACUGUGCGGCCAACACGCUGGCGGUGCAGUGGCUGGCCAGCGAGGACGACCCUGACUCCUACACGGCGCUGGCCAUCGGCUCGAACGGCACGCGCUCCAGCUGCAACACCUCCUCCACCGCCUGCACCAUCGGUGGCCUGCGCUGCGGACACACCUACGGCAUUGUCGUCACCAUGUCCAUGGUAGACUGCGGCGUCAUCGAGGACUCGGACUUCCAGGUCCAGACAGCCCCCUGUCGUCCUCAGAACCCCAGUGUGGACCUGGACUGCGGCACCAACGUUGCCGUGGUGACGUGGGACAGCAGCGGCGGCCAGCAGGACCACGUAGUGACGGCGGUGAACUUCUACAGCCAGCGCAUCACCUGCAACAGCAGCCACCCCAACUGCACCUUCAGCGGCCUGAGCUGCGGGGAGGAGUACACGCUCAGCGUGGUGGGCAACACGCCACACUGCGCCAGCCAGCCCAGCGACACCGUCAGCCUCAACGCGGCUCCCUGCAUUCCCACCAUGGUUGAGGCCAGCUUGGACUGUAACACUGGUAUCACCACGGUGACCUGGGACUCUGCCAGGGGUGCCCGCGGGUACACAGUGCACGCUAUGAGCAGCGGUGGACACAACGCCACCUGCAACAACGACGACUCGCACUGUGCCUUCUCCCAGUCUGACCUGUCCUGCGGCCAGGACUACAGCAUCAUGGUGGAGGCCCAUCAUGACAACUGUGUCAGCCUGGCCAGCCACCCAAUCAACAUCUCCACUGGCCCCUGUCCCCUCUCUAACCUGCAGGCGGUGCUGAACUGCAGCGACAACUCGGCUGACAUCUCCUGGACCAGAGGCAAUGGCACGCUGCUGUAUAACGCCUCAGCCGAGGGCUUCAACGUGGACCACCGCGUGAGCUGCACCACGCCAAACACCUCCUGCACAGCCAGAGGCCUGGAGUGUGGUCACAGGUACCGCGUCAGUGUGUGGGGAGAAGGGCGCACCUGCCCCAGCCCCGCCCGCGAGUGGGUGGCCCUUAACACAGCCCCCUGCCCACCCACUGAUGUAAACGUUGUGUCAUCAUGUGACUCUGACACGGCCGCUGUUUCCUGGACGGCCUCUCGCGGCUCGCUUUCCUACAUGGCUGUCGCCGAUGGCAACCUGGGUCACAGGGUGUCGUGCAAUACGACCGGGACAGCUUGCGACAUUGGUGGGCUAUCCUGUGGGCAGACAUAUGAGGUGUAUGUGGUGGGGGUGGAUGAGGACUGUCAAAGUGCCAGGAGCGACGUCAGCAUUGUGCAGACAGCCCCUUGCAUGCCGGAAGACGUUCAGACCCAGCUGGAGUGUGAGACCGGACUCCUCAACAUCACUUGGCUUCAGCGCGGCGAGGCCCGUGACUAUCACGCCACGCUGACCAGCAGCGAGGGCAAUGUGACCGCGUGCGCUUCGGACAAGCCCGCAUGCGUCAUUCCCAGCCUGCCGUGUGGCCUUACCUAUAGCCUGUUGGUGGUUGCCCAUAACGACCACUGCAACAGCUCUCUCAGUCCCGUGCAAGAGAUCACUGCAGCCCCCUGUCCACCAGAGACCGUGAACGCAGAGGUGGACUGUGCGUCUGGUGUCGUCAGGGUAACCUGGGAGCCCAGUGUGGCUGGCGUGUGGUACACGGCGGUAGCCGCGGACAACUGCACUGCUGACCAGUACGUCAUGUGCCACGCCAACAACACAGGCUGCGACCUCGCCACCCUGAGCUGUGGGAAGGAGUACAACAUCACCGUGGUGCCCAGUAGAGACUGGUGUGUGGGAGCCUAUUAUCCAAUCCAGCACAUCAGGACAGCUCCCUGUGUGCCACAGUUGUUGGAGGUGGAGAUGGACUGCCUGUCGGACUCGGCCUGGGUGAUGUGGGAGGAGUCGUUAGGGGCGGAGGUCUACACCGCUGAGGCAACAGACUCAGAGGGGCAGAGUUUCACCUGUAACUCCACCUCCAGCCAGUGCGCAGUACAAGGUCUGGAGUGCAGUCGCCACUACAACUUUACCGUCAUGGCAACGGACUCACAGUGCGACAGCGCACUUAGCAACCAGGUGGAGUCUGAGACAGCCCCGUGUCCCCCUGAGGCGGUGCAGGUGUGGGUGGACUGCCACAACCAAUCAGUGGACGUGGAGUGGGCGGAGAGUGUGGGCGCCCUGAACUACACGGCCACGCUGGAGCGCACCAGCGGCGAGCUCACCUGUUGCCACGCCGACACCAGCGCCUGCCGCUUCGCCGAGCUGCCCUGCGGCGAGAUGUACGUGCUCACCGUCACCGCCCAGGGGCGCACCUGCUACAGCUCCCAGAGCAUGCCCACCAUCGUCAGGACAGUGCCCUGCACCCCCGAGACCCUGGAGGCCAGCAUGAGGUGCAGUGAUCACGUGGCCGUCCUCUCCUGGAGCCUGAGCAGUGGCGGCCAGAUGUUCCAGGUGGAGGCGGCGAGCGCCAGUGGCAACACUGCUGGCUGUGCCACCCACGAGGGCCAGUGUGAGCUGAGUGGCCUGCUCUGCGGCCAGGUGUACAACGCCACCGUGGUGGCACAGGACAGCACCUGCACCAGCCCCCCCAGCCAGUCGGUCAACAUCCGGACAGUGCCCUGCAUGCCCCAGAAUGUGUCCCUAGAGAUGGACUGCUCGGCAAACAGCCUGAGUGUGAUGUGGGAGGAGAGUGCCGGAUCGGACUCUUACACGGCCAACUUGACCGACAGCAAUGGCCGCUCCACAACCUGCCAGGUCACGACUUCUGACCCUCUCGACAUUUACAGCGCAGGCAUGAACUCCUGCAACGUCAGCAGCCUGGCCUGCGGACAGGUCUACCAUGUCAGCGUCACCGCCUCCGACGGCUACUGUGACAGCCAUCCCACUGACAUCACACACACAUACUCAGCACCCUGCCUUCCUCGCCACAUCCAGUCGGUGAUGGACUGCGAGUCCAACACAGCCCUGUUGUCGUGGCAGCAGUCAGCGGGGGCGGAGUCGUAUUCUGCGGUGGCCCAGGGGUCGAUGGGUCAGGUGGUGGAGUGCCAGACAUCCGACACCAACUGUGAGCUGGGCAGCCUGACCUGUGGGGACAGCUUCAGUGUGACAGUGCAUGCGCAUGGCCCCACCUGCUCCAGCCACGCCACCAUGAUAGGACAGCUCGUGACUGGUCCAUGUGUGCCUCCGUAUGUGAGCGCGCAGUACAGCCUGUCGAUUGGCCAGCUCUUCUGGGACCUGAGUCGUGGUGCCACCUCCUACCUGGCACAGGCGGCGACCGAGGAGGGCUUGAUGCAGUCCUGCCUCACCAAUGACACCUCGUGCGCCCUCUACUCCAUGAGCUGCAGCCAGACGUACAACAUCACCGUCACGGCACGCAAUAAUGUGUGUGAGGACCUGGCCACCUCUGAGCCUGUGCUGCUCGAGACUGAGCCGUGCCCACCGGGCAACGUGCAGGUGCGUAUGGACUGUGCGAGCGGGUCAGGCGUGGUGUCCUGGGAGCAAAGCACCGGUGCCGUGGGCUACAAGGCCUUCCUGGACGGACGCAGCGGCCACUCCCUCAGCUGCCUGACUGCGGACACCUCCUGCAGCGUGCCGGGCCUUCAGUGUGGCACCGUCUACUACACCCGCGUGCGGGCACUGGGCGAGGCGCUUAACAGCUCCGACAGCACCACUGUCCUGCUCACAUCAGCCCCCUGUCCACUCGUCCUCACCAGUGUGGUAGCGGAGGUUGACUGUGAGAAUGACACUGUGGAGAUCAGCUGGGACUGGCCCGACGGAGCUGACUCCUAUGAAGUGGAGGCCGUCAGUGACGACGGUUACCGAGCGGCAUGCAUGGCAGAGGACAACCACUGCCAGAUGACCGAGUUGGAGUGUGGACAGACCUACACACUCAACCUCACCACCAUCAACGAGAACUGCCACGUCACGCAGACGACAGACAUUACAUUCCAAACACGGCCUUGCACACCCCAGCACAUGAAUGUGGACCUGCAGUGUGGCAGCCAGGCUGCUAUACUGACCUGGGAGCAGCAGGGUGACGUGGAGCUGUAUGUGGCUUGCACCACCUUGAGUCCUGGAGGACCAGAAGUGUACUGCAACAGCACAGGCUCCAGCUGCCUGUUCUCUGAUCUGGAGUGCGGCAGCAGCUACACCUUCACCGUAACCGCCCACGGCAGCACCUGCACCAGCUCUGCCAGCAGCGCUAUGGAGAUAGUCACAGAGCCCUGCCAGCCUGACCAUGUGACCGCAGAGAUAAUGUCAUGUGACAAUGACACAGUGGCUCUGACAUGGAUGGCUGCCAGAGGGGCAUUAACCUAUAGUGUCACUGCAAAUGGGGACCUGGGAUAUGUCAACACUUUCUUGACCAAUGACACUGAACUAUAUGCGGAUCUCACCUGCGGACAGACCUUCAUCUUCACCGUGGUGGCUCAUGACGAGAGAUGUGACAGCCCACCGAGUUACUCUUCUCCUGUCAAAAAUCCGCCAUGUGUGCCACGACACAUCGAGACAUAUGUCGAGUGUGAGGAUAGCCUGGGCUCGGUCAGUUGGACAGAGAGCGACGGGUCGGACUUUUACACCGCCAUCGCCGUGGGCCUGGAUGGCCACACACACACGUGCCACAGCAACGGCAGCACCUGCAGCUGGGAUGACUUGCACUGUGGAGAAAGUUAUGUGGUCCAGGUCGUUGCCAAUGACGAGACAUGCACUAGCCAGCCAAGCGACAGCACCACCAUCCAUAUGGCUCCAUGUAUCCCCCAGGGCCUGAUGGCACAGCUGGACUGCAGUUUGAGGGUGGGCUCCCUCACCUGGGAUCCCAGUGAAACAGCAGAGACCUAUGUGGUGAACGCAGAGGCAGCUGAUGGCCACACGGUGGCACUGUCCACCAACAACACCAGGGCUUCCAUCUCAGAGUUCCACUGCGGGCAGGAGUAUUACCUCACAGUCAGCGCAGUCGGCCCCAACUGCACCAGCCGACCCAGCAUGCCAGCACAGCUGCAAACGGAACCCUGCCCUCCGACCAUGGUCACCAGCUUCAUGGACUGUGUGUCCAACAUCGCCGUGGUUUCGUGGGCAGAGGGUGUGGGUGCCGAGUACUACACGGCCGUGAUGGAGGGGCCUGACGGCAUCGCCGGGAGCUGCCUGUCGUCCAGCACCAGCUGUGGCCUGUCCAAGCUGCUCUGCGGAGAGUCCUACACUGUCACCGUCACCGCCGCCAACCGCCAGUGCAACUCCAUGCCCAGCGCAGUCCGCCACCUCAAUGCUGUUCCCUGUGUGCCUCUAAACGUGUCUGUGGAGAUGGACUGUGGGAAUGGCGAUGCAAUGGUCUCCUGGAGCUCCACCCAGGGCGCUGUGCUGUACCGUGCCUUUGCCCAAAGCAUCCGCGGAGAGGCCUCCAUCUGUGAGAGCUCCGAGCCCCAUUGUGCCCUGGAGAACCUCACCUGCGGCGUCCCCUACCAAGUACAGGUGGUGUCCGUCGGGGACAACUGCACCAGCCUGCCCAGUCAGGCCGCUGAGUUUCAGACAGUGCCCUGUGCCCCUGAGAUCACAGCGACGAUUCUUGACUGCUUCACACACUCAGCGCUGCUGGAAUGGGCCUACGCUGAGGGGGCACAGGCCUACUCAGCCCUGGCACAGUCUGCCAAUGGGCACAACAGUAGCUGCAGCACCAACUACACCAACUGUGAGCUGGCUGGGCUGGCUUGCGGUCAGGUCUACUCAUUCACCGUGGUGGCAUCUGAUGUCCAGUGCAGCGGUAGAGCCAGUCUCAGCGUGGACACACCAUCAGUCCCCUGCCCACCUAUGGCUGUCGUCUCAUCACUGGAUUGCGAUAGUAACACGGCCUUAGUUGAGUGGGGGGCCAGUGGUGGGGCGGAGUCAUACAUGGUAAAGGCCAUUGGUUGGGAGGGUCAUGUGACAGGAUGUAACACAACGGAUCUGGAGUGUGUUGUGCCCGACCUCAUGUGUGGCUAUACGUACAACAUCAGCGUGGUCGCCAUUGGCAACGAGUGCAAUGUGUCAGAGAGCGACAUCUCAUUACUCCAAUCAGUGCCCUGUGUUCCGGAGCGUCUGGAGGGGAAUGUGGACUGUGAGUCCGGGGCAGUGUCCGUGUCAUGGGAGCCCAGUAACGAAGCCACCUCUUACACGGCCAUGGCCGAGGGCGCCGCCGGCUACGCCUCUGUGUGCAACAGCAGCACCACGACGUGUGUGUUCAGCGAUCUGCUGUGUGGACUCACCUACAGCAUCAGUGUGUUGGCAACUGACAGCACCUGCUCCAGUCCAUACAGCUCCAGCAUACAAAUGGAUACAGUGCCAUGCCAGCCUCAGAACGUCAGUGCCCAUGUGGAGUGCUUCAGUGGGGGAGGCAUAGUGUCAUGGCAACAGGGCGAGGACCUGUCCUCGUACAGGGUGCAAGCGGCAGGCCCCGACGGCCAUCGCAUCCAGUGUCAUAGCAACGACACCAGCUGCCGCUUACCCAGCCUCUUGCACUGCGGUCAGCGCUACAACCUGACUGUGAGUGCACAGGACAGCCAGUGCAGCAGCCCUGACACAUACCUCACGCUGCAGUCAGUUCCUUGCGAGCCCACUAACUUGCAGGCGUCGUUGCUGUGUGAGUCAAACACUGCUGCAGUGACGUGGGAGCGUGCCAGCGGUGCAAUGGGCUACCAGGCAGAGGGCAUUGCCACAGAUGGGCACCAGGUCAGCUGCAACGCCAGCCUGACCCACUGCGACCUCCAGGACCUGCACUGUGGUCAGACGUACAUAGUGUCAGUGUUUGCCCAGAACAGAGAGUGCAACAGCCAGGAGAGAGUUGACACACAAGUGAAGACAGCCCCUUGUCCUCCACAGAACGUAUCUGUCCACUCGCAGUGUGAGGACGGUUCCAUAUUGGUCACCUGGGAAGCCAAUCCCGACGCGGAGUCCUUCCACGUUACUGCGACACCCAACAGUGGGCCGUCCCUGUCCUGUGACUCCAUGGACACCAGCUGCUCCAUCAGCGGCCUGCCCUGUGGACACAGCUACGCUGUUACUGUGACAGCCGUGAGAGACGGCUGCACGAGCGAAGACAGUGAGACGGUCCAGGUGUCCACAGCUCCAUGUAUACCUCAGUCUUUCCAUGGCAGUCUCGACUGUGUCAGCAACUCAGUCUGGGUGGGCUGGGACAGUGCCUUGGGGGCGGAGUCUUACACAGCAUUGGCUGUGCGAGAGGGCGGAGCCAACUCCUCCUGCACCAGUGAUGAUGACACCUGUGGUGUUCCCGAUCUGGACUGCGGGGCUCUGUACACGUUUAGCGUCACCGCCACCAACGAAUACUGCAGCAGCACAGCCAGCACAACCUUCCAGAUAGAGACAGCCCCAUGCCCCCUGACAGAAAUCUCCACGGAGACGGAAUGUCAUAGCAACGUGAUCGAUGUACGCUGGGAGAUGACCGAGGGCAUGGCGUUCUACCUGGCCACGGCUGAGGGCCACGACAAGAGCCUGCUGAUGUGCAACAGCACGUCCACUUCCUGCCAGCUGCACGGAGCCCGCUGCGGCAUGCAGUACACCGUCAUCAUCUCCACCUCAUCAGACAAAUGCUCCAGCCUAAGGAGUCCACCCAGGAAGAUCCACACAGCCCCAUGUGCACCAACUGGCCUGUCCGCCCAGGAGGCGUGUGAGCAGGAUGUGGUGGUGGUGUCCUGGACCCCCUCCCGCGUGGCACACUCCUAUUCGCUAACGGCCGUAGGUGGAGACGGCGACGUGCGCACUUGCACUUCCAGUGUGAGCAACUGCACCCUGUCUGACUUGCACUGCGGACAGUCCUACACCGCCACUGUCACCGCUAGUGGCGCCAACUGCACCAGCCCUCCCAGCGCACCACUCACCUUCCAGUCAGUGCCUUGUGAGCCAGAGAAUGUAACCGUGGACGUGCAGUGUGAGACCAGCUCCGCUAUUCUGUCCUGGGACGCCAGUGAGGGAGCGGUGGCCUACGUGGGCUGUGCAGAGACGGACGAUGGGGACAUGCUGUACUGCCACACCAUGGGCACCUCCUGCUCCAUCCAGGGCUUAGACUGUGGCUCCUUCUACAACUUCAGUGUCCAGGCGUCAGAUGGCGUGUGCAACAGCUCCUUCAGCCCUCCAGAAAAACAGGGAGCAGUGCCCUGCCCCCCUGCCAACAUCCAGGUGAGGGUGCGUCGUCUGGGCGUGAUGGAGCUGGUCCUGGUGUCCUGGAGUGCAGUGGAAUGUCCCGAAGUGGAGUAUCUGGUGCUGCUCAGCGGCCUUAUCCAGGACGACCCACUGGCAGCCAUAGAGGUCUCCUCCUACUGGACGGAUCACACCUUCUUUGAGUUCCCCCUUCCCUGCGGAACGAGCUACAACAUCCAAGUUCUCACCCGGAAUGCUGCCGGAACGAGUGAUCCUUCAGAAGCCAUCACUGGAACUACAGCUCCAUGUGCUCCCGAGGGUUUCCAAGCCCGUGGUGAUGACUCGUCUGCCACGCUGAGCUGGGACGCGGCCGUGUUUGCCGAAGACUACACAGUCACCGGGGUGAGCGAUGGCGAGCGUGUGGAGGUGUGCGCCACGACCGCCCUCACCUGUGACGUGACCGGAGUGGUGCUCACCACUCUAGAGCUCACCGCCAGGAAUGCAGUGGGAGGAAGUCUCCCCACCAGACUCACUGAAUCUGCCCAGGGUCGGCGUAGAAGAGAUCUGAGAGAAUCACAGAUGAUGGCCGGCCUGCUGGAGAUUGAUGUGUUGACCACACCUAAGCUGCAGGUUACUUCAGUCACAGGUGUGACCCUAGACCUGGAGUGGUCUCCUGUGAGAGGGGCGUCAUACUACACUCUUAUUGUGAAGGAGGACACGUCCUCACGACCCCCCCGUAAGGUGCUUACCAUCUAUGACGAGGUUGCCACGGUGACAGACCUCAAGCCCGCCACCCGCUACUGCGUUGUCCUUUCAGCCAAAAACUCCAUCGCCCAGAGUGCCUACUCCCAGCCGCUGUGCAUCACCACUGGUGUGCCCAUGUGAGUGGCAGCUGAUGGAGGACUGUGAAGGCGAGUGUGUGCCAUUUACAGCAAGACGAAGAACAGGAUCAGUUUCUUAUUUUCCUUUUUCCUUCAUAAAAGCGGAUUUUAUGAUAAGAUAGAUAGGUCAAAUCAACAUAGAAAUUAUUCUGCAUUUUCUAGAUCACUGUAUAAAGGAAAGAGAGAGAAAGGGGGAAGAUUGCAUUUUCAGAAGGCUGCACAUAUCCAGGAAAAAAAAUAUAUUAAACCAUCCGGUUUUCCUUCAGAUGCAUGGAAUUUCUCCACUUUUGCUACCAGAUCCAAUAGGGCUAUCCAUCAGAAAAAUAGUAGAGAUAAUAAAAAAUAAAUAAAAAUAAAAUAAAAAUGAUAAUGAAUCAAAUAGCGUAUUGAUGCAAUAUAUAUUUUACUACAUGAAUGUGAAGAAAACGUUUUUAUCGAGUAUUUGAUACACUCUAGGUGUGAUUUGCCCAAACCCGUCAGUUGAUUGUCAGUUGAACUCUUUUCAAAAUGAGUUACUUAUAUGUUUGAAAUAUCAAUUUUUUCAAUUAUUCAAAGUCAAUUAUGUUUGAUCGCUAGUUCUUUUGGUGAAUAUAAUUUAAUAUUAGCUCUACUGUAUUUAUCACAAAUGCUUAUAUUUUUUAAAUAGGCACAAAGGACACAUUUUCUGUAAUAACAUACCUACUGUACUCUAUUCAUUCCCUGUUUUUGUUGACUGUCUCAAUCAAGUUUGUACAUUCAGCUUUAAUCUAGAUAGAAAGCAAAUAAAUUGGUUGUAUAUCAAUCAUGACUUUGUAAACCAUACAGUAUAUUUUUUACUUCAUGUACAAUAUGACCUUAUCUCAUUUUGUGUGAACACUCUGCCAUAGUUUUUUUUUUUUAAUUAAUAUUAUUUUAUUGAGCCCGGAGAUGAAGGAAUAAAAGUCUGUGAAAGUGAAAAGCGUAAAAAGAAGACCCGGCUCAUCUUUGAAAAGGUACCGUAUGUUUGCUGUCAUGUCAAACUGAAGGACUGUUGAUUGCUCGGUUUACAGUGAGUGGACCACUAAUGUGGACUACAGAGUGAAAGACCCUUUGUAUGUCUUCAAACUGGUCA